AUGCCUCAACAAACCGUCUUCCGCUUCCCAACCCGAACUGCCUUCGGCGACCUCACCACCUACCAAGAACCAAUCCCAACCCCAUCCAACCACGAAGUUCUAAUCAAAGUCCGUGCAGUCGCCCUCAACUCGCGAGACUGCCAGAUCGCAACCUCAAAAUACCCUUUCCCCAUCAAAGACAACGUCAUUCCAGGCUCAGAUGCCGCCGGCGACAUUGUGCAAGUAGGCGACGCGGUGCACGAUUUCGCCAAGGGCGACCGGGUCGUUGUAUGCUUUGACCAGAACAGACCAUACGGCCCGGCCAAGCAUGUUGUUGCGUAUCAGAAUGGUGGCGGACUUGAUGGAGUCAUGGCGCAGUAUAUUUUGCGUCCCGCGUCCGCUGUUGUUAAGAUCCCGGAGGAUGCGCCGCAGUCGUACAGUGAACUUGCUUCGUUGGUUUGUACUGGGGUGACGGCUUGGAACUCUUUUUAUGGGAAUAAUCAGCUGAUUGCAGGGCAAUCAGUCUUGAUUCAAGGCACCGGCGGCACAUCAAUGACAGCGCUCGUCCUCGCCAAAGCAGCGGGCGCAACGACGAUUGUCACCUCCUCCAGCGAUGAGAAGCUCCGUGUCGUCAAGGAGAAGUUCAACCCAGACUACUGCAUCAACUACACCAAGACCCCCGAUUGGGCUUCCGAAGCUGUCCGGCUGACAGGAGGCAAAGGCGUGGACCACAUCAUCGAAAUUGGUGGCGUCGGGACAAUCGAGCAGAGUAUCUCUGCGAUUGCGCGAGGAGGCGUGAUUAGCAUCGUCGGGUAUCUGGCCGAGUAUGAUCCGGCACGGGUUCCCAAUGUCCUGAUGCUUGCGCUGGGAAAGGAGGCGGUCUUGCGUGGGAUUCAGAUUGGGCCGAGGUGUAUGUUGGAGGAUUUGGUGACUCUUGUGUCGAGAAGGGGGUUGAGGUUCCAGAUUGAUCGGGAGUUUGGCUUCUCGAGGGAGGAUAUUGUUGCUGCUUAUGAUGCUCUGGCUUCGGGGAAGCAUGUUGGGAAGAUUUGCGUCGUGGUCGAGUGA